AUGGUUGAUUUCAAUAGUCGCAUCUUGAUUGUGGGCGCCGGAGCAUUUGGGACAUCGACUGCCUACCACUUGGCUCAGCGAGGCUACAAAUCUAUCAGAGUACUCGACCGAUAUGAGUACCCUUCCAUCGAUGCGGCAUCCACAGAUAUCAGCAAGAUUAUUCGCUUCGACUACAACGAGCCACUGUAUGCCCGUCUAGGGCUAGAAUCGAUUGAAGCAUGGAAAUCUGAGCUCUUCGAUGGACUUUAUCAUGUUCCCGGAUGGGUUUUGAGCGCCAUGGACUUAUCUGUGCCCUUCGUCAAGGGGUCGAUUGAGGUGUCCGAGCAAUUGGGCGUCAGCGGUCUCGAGAUCAUGACAACAGAUCAAAUGAGACAACGAUUUCCCCAAGUGAAAGGGAAAUUGGAUGGAUGGAAUAUCAAUGUCUGGAAUCCUACUGCAGGAUGGGUUGCUUCAGGCGAGGCUGUGGUACGGCUAGUUGAGGAUGCUCGCGCUAAAGGGGUCGAAUACAUCAGCGGUCGCCGUGGCUUCGCACAAGAGGUGAUCACAUCCCAGAGCGGAGAAUGUACUGGUGUCCGGACACUCGACGGUACUAUUCACAGUGCUGAUGUGGUUGUGCUGGCUGCUGGUGCUUGGCUCCCUUCGCUCAUUGAUAUGGAGGGUCAGCUUACAGCCAAAGGGCAUAGUGUCGCCCAUAUCCAACUUUCGGCUGAGGAGACGAAGCACUACGCCCCGAUACCGAUCAUGGACAAUCUAGAACUUGGCUACUUCUUCCCACCAACCACGAAUGGUAUCUUCAAGAUGGCGCAUAGCAAGUUCAUCACAAAUCACGUCCCGAUUGGCAGGAACGGCUCUGUUAUUUCCAAGCCACAUACUUUCGUGGAGAAUCCUCAGGACGGACUUCCAAAGGACAUAGAAGCUACUAUGCGUCGAAAUCUCGAGCGGGUAUUUCCUGAAUUGGCGAAUAGGCCGUUCUCUUUCACACGACUUUGCUGGGAUGCCGAUACAGCAGACCGGCACUUCUUGAUUACUCCGCACCCAGAACAUAAGGGGCUUUUCGUUGCGGCGGGUGGUUCCGCACACGGCUUCAAGUUCAUGCCAGUGCUGGGCAAGUACAUCGCCGAUAUGCUGGAGGGAAAGCUAGACGCCGACAUUGCAGAGAGCUGGAGAUGGCGGCCGGGCCAGGACGUCUCCGGGAAAAACUUAGCACAUAUGGAUCCUGAGAUGGAGCUGUGUGACCUGCCAGGCUGGCAGGGAAGAAAUAGAGCUCAAUUCAAGAGCCGAGAGGCAAGGUUAUAA